AACAAACAAACCAGAGGUAAUUAAUGACCAAGGCUUGGUCAGUCCAAACAACUUCCGUCGGUUUCUUCCCGAUGCGUGUUAGAGAGGAAGGUUCAUGCCUAUCUCCAAGGUGGCAGUGGUUUGCGGACUCUUGAUGGUUUUCGUCGGUUCUCUCCACUGCAUCACACGGUGUGAUACAUCCAUAAGACAGGUCUAUAGGGUUAUCCCCCUUGCCACGGGAGGGACGACACCCAAAGUACUGGGUACUCCGCUCUGUACGGAGUACGAGUUACGGGACUGUUAUUAUCCACCAAGAAAGAAAAGCAAAGCAGAAAAGGAAGGCCAACUCACCCAUGGGGCGUUGUAUCUACUCCGUACAACAUGUAGAAACUUGGAGGGUAAUGUUUACUGGUCACAAGUAGUAAGUCGAGACCAAAAUGAAUGGCACCUCUACGAGUUGUGUUUGGGAUCCAUUCAUGGCGAGAGGGGAGUUUAUGAAGGGGGAGGGAGUGCUAACCCUGGUUGACCGUCCUGCGAGCUUACAACUUCGGGAGAUUGAUUAAUCUCCAAUUAUUCCACUAAGUUCCACCAAAUAGGUAGGUGGAGCCUAUGUGUAUGAGACCUAGUAUCUAGUAGAUAGUCUGUACUACGUACGGAGGUAGAUACUGACGAGCGGUGGCUGAGUCCAUUGAC